AUGGCCGACAAACCAAAACGCCCACUAUCUGCUUACAUGCUGUUUCUGCAGAGCGCACGCGAGUCAAUCAAGCGCGAGAAUCCUGGCAUUACGGUUACUGAGGUCGCGAAGCGCGCUGGCGAACUCUGGCGCGCAAUGAAGGACAAGUCUGUGUGGGUGGCAAAGGCAGCCAAGGCCAAGAAUGCUUACGAUCGUGCCAUGAGACAGUUCCAGGCGAAUGCUGGCAGCAAUGCAGCCAAAGCUCGUGGUGCCAAGAAGCGCCGCGCAAAGCCAGCGAAGAAACCAUUGAAAAAGGGCAAGAGGGCUCAGCCCCAGGACGAGAGCGACUAAAAGAACAACAGUGGACCUGGACAAUUGUCGUCAGAUGUUAAUAUUUAUCUACUCCAAGCUAAACACCCAUCCACCCGAUUCCACCCCCAUCAAAUAACCUACAAAAAUCAUUAUACAACAACAAAGAUCCGAUUAAAAAUUGCGUUAGCGUUAGCCAGCUUCAAUUGCCGCCUUAAGAAAAA